AAGUGUGAUCUCAUGGUGGGGCUCUGUCGAUGAUAACAAAUAAAUAGCCGUAGUAGUGUUUUUAUCAUUUCAGAGGAAGUAGUGGCUUUUUCAUUCUAUUUCCUCAAAUGCAUCUUUAAAUUCAGUGAAAAUGACGAAGUGGAAGCUGGUUUCUGAGCGGGAUAAAUAUGGAAUCGCAAUUUUCAACUUCAAAGAGAGGAACAAAGUUUGCCUGGAGCUUCAAGUUGGGGAAGCUGUGUACAUUGUCAAGGAGAGUGGCGAAUGGUACUUUGGCUGCACCGCCAAAAACAGAGACUCCUAUGGAAUAUUUCCAAAGUCGUAUGUUCAGAUUCGUGAGAGUGUUGUCGACAAGUCAGGGCCCGUUGAGAUGAUAGUGCCAAAUCAUUCUCCAAUAGUUUUGGAGAUAACAGCAGUUCUCAGAGAAUGGGGAGUUCUUUGGAAGAAUCUCUAUGUUUCACGUCACACAGAGUAUGAAAAAAUACAGAAGAUGAUGCUUGAGCUGAUGAGGUGUCGCACAAAAAUUCUCUCAGGAAACUUGCCUGUUGACGAAAUCAAAGAUAUCAAGCAUUUAGUCACCUCCAGAAUUGAUCUGGGGAACAACACCCUUGGGCUUGAUAUGGUUGUCAGGGAUGAUCAGGGGAACAUUUUGAAUCCUAUGUUCACGUCAGCGAUCCAGCUGUACAUGUAUCAUGAUUCGGCCACUAAGAGAAUCAAGGGAUCACAGGCAAAACCCAACAAAGUAGUCACCCAUCACAGUCACAUAUUUUUCGUCUCAAUUCGCAAUUUUGUUUGCAAAAUGACUGAGGACUCUGACUUACUAAUGAUGUUGUACGACGGUAAGGAGUGCAAGCCAAUAACUGAGAAUUACGUCGUCAGGUGGAGUAAAGAGGGAUUAGCUCAAGACUUGGACCAAAUCAACAAUCUACGAGUUUUGUUUACUGAUUUGGGCCAGCGUGAUCUGCGGCGGGAUAAAGUCUAUCUUGUGUGCUACGUAGUCAGAAUCGGAGCCAUGGAGGCGAAAGAAACAGAUGUGAAGCGGGCGUCUCAAAUGCCUAGGAAGACACCCGCCCUGACUGACUGUAUCAGACGCCCUUCAGGAGUGGCUGCGUUGGAUGUCACUCUAUACUUGAAAGGUGGCAUUGAAACCAACGAGGAUGCCCACAUUUACGUGCCUUUUACUCCCUGUGGUGACAAAGAUAAUUUGGAUGGGACUUUGAAGAAAGUUUUAGCGGGGAAGGACGUGAACCCUAAGGACUUCAAAGGGCAUGGAUUGUGGGCUAGUUUUAAACUUUUGCACGGUGAUUUAAAACAGGUUCGAGAAGAAAACCCUCACUUAGUUCUAGGAUCUGUCGCAAUUGCUCGGAAAAUGGGAUUUCCUGAAAUAAUCCUUCCUGGGGAUGUGCGUAACGAUUUGUACCUCACCAUUGUCUCAGGAGAGUAUUCAAGGGGCAGCAAGUCCACCGACAAGAAUGUUGAAGUCACAGUCCGAGUGUGCAACGAGAAGGGACAGUCAAUACCAGGUGUGAUCAUGAUGGGCGCUGGUGCAGGUCCUCAAGAUGAGUACAAAUCGGUGGUUUACUACCACGAAGACAAGCCUAAGUGGUACGAGACCUUAAAAAUCGCCAUUCCUAUUGAUGAGUUCAAGUCGUGCCACAUUAAGUUUUUCUUCAAACACAGAUCUUCAAAUGAAGCCAAAGACAAGUCAGAAAAAAUGUAUGCACUCUCCUAUGUAAAACUGAUGCAAGACAACGGCACAACUCUUCCCGAUACUGUCCAUGAUGUUCUAGUUUACAAAGUGGACCAUAAAAAAUUUGACGAGAAUGAUAUCGGUUAUCUCAAGUUGCCAUCGACCAAGAGCGAAAUGACUGACGGACACAAGCCCCACAGUGCUGGUCUCUCCCUUAGCACCAAAGAUUGCUUUACCAUUCAGACUAACGUUUGCUCAACGAAACUAACACAAAAUGUGGAUCUACUUGGCCUCCUGAAAUGGGCUGGCCAGCCAGAAAAACUGCAGGACUGUCUUAAAGCACUUAUGAAAGUCGACGGGGAGGAAAUCGUGAAAUUUUUACAAGAUGUCCUUGAUGCUUUGUUCAAUAUUCUCAUGCAGAAUUCAGACUCUGAUGUGUAUGAUAAAAUGGUUUUUGAGUGUUUGUUGCACAUCAUUAACCUUGUGUCGAGUGGCAAAUACCAACACUUCCAGCCUGUCCUAGACUUGUACAUCAAAGAGAGCUUCAGCGCAACGCUUGCAUACCACAAACUGAUGCAAGUCCUGAAGCAAUACAUCGACGAGGCGGAUCAGGAAAUAGCCAAUCUGGAUUCAGACAUCCUUCACAGAGCCAUGAAAUCACUGCAGUACAUCAUGAAGUUCAUUGUUCGCUCCAGGUUUCUUUACGCUGAGCUGAACGAAGGACGAGGUGGGGAGGAUUUUGCGUAUUCGUUGAGAGCCCUGUUGCAGAGCAUGAUCAACCUCAUGAGCUACAACCACAAACAUAUUGUUGUCCACCAAGCCUCUUGCCUUAAGUAUCUGCCAACCACGAUUCCAGACAUCCUCCAGGUCUUCAAUGCCGCAGAUCUAAGCCAAAUGCUUCUUUCCAUGAUCUUCGCCCUGCAAGGCUCGAACCUUGCUACCCAGAAGAUGUACACGCUCAAGGACAUCGUUCUAAGUCAACUGUUCCUAGACCCAGAGUGUCGGUCCAUUCUGCUUCCUAGCAUCCUAAAGCAAGUUAGAGAAAUGCUAGACAACAGCAACGAGGCUCGUUUUGGAAUAGAGUCGAGAAACAGAUCAAAAGCCAAGCUAGCCAAAGUACUUGGCGCUUUCCAAGAAAGUUUACUCGGUGACGGUGAAUUUAUUUUGGAUGAGAUGGCAAUGUGCGUCCAAAUUUUGAGUGACCUUAUGGAGCUGCUUUUCCAAAAGAAAGCCGGCCAGACAUUGGACGACAUCACUAUGAUAAUGCAAACAGUUUUGAGAACUGUGAUCCAAACCACCAUCAGACUUCCGCGACAAAACGAACUGACUAAAUCGCUAGUGACUGUUAUGAUCGCUAUUUUCCGGCAAAUGACCCCCAAUCAUUUUGAGCAAUAUUUUGAACAUUUCCACACGCGGACCGAUCUUCUCGACUUUUUGAUGGAAAUACUGUCAGCCUUCAAGGACCUAGUCUCGAUUCCUGUCUAUCCGAGAGACUGGUGCGACAUGAUCAUGCUCCAGAACAGUGUCAUCCUGAAGUCGUUAAGAUUCUUUUCGCACACGAUCCGCGACUACUUCACCAAUCCGUUCGAGCAACAAGUUUGGAGUAACUUCUUCUACUGUGCAAUCGCAUUCCUCACUCAACCGGCCCUGCAGUUGGACAAUUUUUCUGCUAACAAACGGGCCAGAAUCGUCAGUCGUUACAAGGACAUGCGGCGCGAAACGGCUUUUGAGAUACGCGCCAUGUGGUUUAAUCUAGGAUCACAGAAAAUCCAGUUCAUCCCGAAUCUGAUUGGUCCAAUCUUGGAAAUGACCAUGAUACCUGAAGUCGAGCUGCGCAAAGCAACGAUUCCGAUAUUUUUCGACAUGAUGCAGUGCGAGUUUUAUUCUUCUAAAAGCUUGGAUGACAGCACCCUUCGCGUAGAGACCAAAAAGGAUUCAUCGCAAAUAAAGGCCAACUUUUGCCGGUUUGAGGAUGAGAUGGUCGCCAAACUGGACAGCCAGGUCGAAGGCGGCAAAGGAGAUCACCAGUACAAAGACUUGUUCAACCAGAUUCUCAUGAGCCUGAGCAAAAAUCACGCCACAAUGAGCACUCAGGGCCAACAUUUUGUCGAAACCAUGACCAAACUCAUGGAGUGCCUUCUUGAAUACAGAACUGUAGUGACUGACGAGAACAAAGAAAACCGAAUGAGCUGCACUGUGAAUGUCCUGAACUUCUACAAUCAAAUCAACCGCAAGGAAAUGUACAUUCGCUAUGUCAACAAACUAUUUGAUUUGCAUUUGGAAUGCGACAAUUUCACUGAAGCUGCGUACACUUUGAAGCUGCAUAGCAAACUGCUAAUGUGGUCAAACAACAAAAUCUCCUUUCUACUCAGAAGCAGCCGCUAUCCAGAACACAGUACACACCGAGAGCUCAAAGAAAGAAUUUACUACGAUAUUAUAGAUAACUUUGACAAGGGAAAGAUGUGGGAGUGUGCUUUGGAAGUGUGCAAGGAGCUAGUCAUUCAAUAUGAAAAGGAAACUUACGACUAUGUUAAGCUUGGCUCCCUACACCAGAGAAUGGCGGAGUUCUACCAGAAAAUCAUUGAGCAGAUCCGUCCGGAACCAGAGUAUUUUAGAGUUGCUUUUUACGGCCGUGGCUACCCUGCUUUCCUGCAAAAUAAGGUUUACGUGUAUCGAGGCAAGGAAUAUGAACGCCUCACUGACUUCUCUAGUCGGAUCCUUCUCCAGUUUCCAAAUGCGGAACUAAUGAAUAAACUGGUGCCCCCUGGAGAAGAAAUCACUGAGUCGGACAAGCAAUACCUGCAGAUAAACAAAAUUGAUCCAGUCAUGGAUGACAAGAACUACAACUUCUCAGGAAAGAAUAUCAACGAGUCGAUUCUGAAGUUCUACAAGGUGAAUGAGGUGCGGAAGUUUCGCUUCUCACGGCCUAUCCACCGAGGGCCACGUGACCCAGACAACGAGUUUGCCAGUUUGUGGUUAGCUCGCACCGUGCUGACCACAGAGCAGUCAUUCCCUGGAAUCCUGCAUUGGUUCCCCGUUGACAGCUCUGACACGCACUACCUCAGCCCCAUCGAAAAUGCCAUUGAAGACAUGGAGGCCAGCAUCAAAAGUUUGAGAGACUUGAUUGUCUACCACGCUAACAACCCAAGUCAACCAUGCCAAAACUUAAGUAUGAAACUCAAUGGAGUGGUUGAGCCAGCCGUCAAUGGCGGCAUCAAGAAGUACGAAAAAGCCUUUUUCAACACGGACUUCAUGGAUGCCAAUCCUGAUCAGCAGCCUGGGGUGAUCAAGUUGAAAGAUCUGAUGGCAAGUCAGAUACCAGUCAUAGAGGUAGGCCUUCAGCUGCACCAGCGCCUCGUCCCAGACAACAUGCUGCCCUUCCAUCAAAAGGUUGAGGAGCAGUUUGUCAUCCUGAAGAAUGAAGUCGAGUCAAAAUACGGAAUAAGGACAUGUGAGCCUAAGCUUGAGCAGCUGCUUGCAACCGCACCGGUGAUCCGCCGACAAUUUUCCCGCAACUCAACAGUCAAUGAGCUGCCAAGCCGCCUGUCGGACGCGAGUCUCGCCGGAGAGGUUGGUGCUGGCAUCACAAUCAGUGUCACUAAUGCCCAGGGUGGAGGCUUAACGGCUAGUGGUGGCCAGGUUGCCGCCACGCAAAGGUCGCGAGUAUCCAGUCUCACCAGGUCAAAUCUUAAAAAUCUAACCAACUUUGAUUUCACCAAGAGCUUUACCAACCUCCACUCUGGCACUCUCGGCAGGAACUCAAGCUUAAAGUCCGCGACGCCUGUACAAAAAAUUUUCCCGCGCAAUUCGGCAACGUCUGCGUCGCCAAGCAAGAGAGAAAAGAAGAGAGACAAAGACAAAGCUCGCAGGAAGACAUCUACCUCGACCCUAAGCAUCCCCAUGUCGCCAGGAACGCAAUGGUACACUGACAAUGAAAGUUCGUCUCCUCUGCAGUCUUCCACUCCUCUGAACAAUGCCUCUCCCCCGGUCUUUGAACUGAGGCAGGAAUUGACCCCAAAAAGACCUCUAAGAUCCGAAAUCGAGAAGGAGAAGAGGCUGAGUCGGCCUAACAGCGGAUCUUUCUCCUCAAUGCGAUUUUCUACACUAAGCUUGUCUCACAGCAGGAACGGCUCUAAUCGCGAUUCUGUCGUGACCACAGACUCCACAGCAAGUGAAGACGACAUCAACAUUCCACCCCCACUUCCAGUCAAGCAGCGGGAAGUUGAGCCUGACUACUGCAAUUUGCCAGACGAGGAUGAUAUCGCUCUCAAAAAGCCACCAUUGCCCAACAACUUUUCUCGAAUGGCCAAGAAAAAGCCUCCGCCCCCAGAGCCAGACGACGAUGAUGCGCGGCCCCCAACACCUCCGCCGAAGAAGCCGGUCACGAAAUUCUUAACUGACAACUUUUGACCGUACUGCCGAGUAAUAUUAGUCAAGUCCCUAGUCGCAACCUAGGAUAUUAUUAUUGACAAGUGCUAAAUGGUGCCAAAAGCAGUAUUUCUCAGUACACUACUGUGAUUUUCAUCGAGAAUUGUUGUUUUCAAAUUGGUGCUAAAACUGCUACUCCUAAGACUAAAUUUCCUGCCAAAGUUUAGAAUGUUACACAAAGAGCAUCUAGGACAUUUCUAGUACAGACAGAGCCACGUUCUUGUAUAUUGCAAAUAAUUUUUGCUCGGCCUUUCUUCGUCACACUCCACUUUUCUAUAUUAUGUCUUCCGUCUUCCGCAAUGUGAGAAUUAGUCAUUGUGAACUUGUUUUCGUCAGAAUUCAAUGGACUAGUGUAGCGUUUUACAUUGACAAGUUGGAAUCUUGCAACUUUUUCCUCGUAACCAGUUUUAUUUGUUUUAUACCAAAGUUUUUAAUUCAUGGAUUUUGAUAAAUUUGACCAGCACAAUUGUCCAUUAAUUUUUGACGUGCACAGGCACAGUGGUUUCAACAAACAAUUACGUACUUUUUGCUGCCAUUUAUUGCACAAAUUAAUACAAGAGUUGGUUAUAAAACUGUUAGCGUAUCUUAAUUUAUUUAGUGAUUUUUGAAUUACAAUAUUAUCGGUUAUACAGUGUUGUUGAUGAUUGAAGAAAAUUCUUAAUAUUAUAUAAUAUGUAGCUAUUAACACUACAUUGACAAAGUUCAAUAAACGCAUCCCCUAGAGAGGACCAAAUAGCAUACUAUCAUACUCUGUAUCUGUCAUUACGAUUGUGCAAUUAGUUUACAAUAAUUCCAUAGUUUUGAAAUGUAUAAUAAUUUUAAAUAAUGUGCUAUAAUCAUGUACGCUUUCAGCUCUGCAUUGACGGUGUUAAAAAUGAGACAAUAUAUAUAUGCUUUUUCAAAA